UUGCCAUACAAGUAUAAUUGAACACACUGCAUGUAUAAUUAAAAUCUAAGUUAAAAGAAAAUAAUAAUACGACUAUCAGGUUAUUUUAAUGUAAUCAUUCAUCUAUUUUUUUAGGAGUUUAAUGCAUAAAAAUAUUAAAUUCUGACGAAAUGCCAAACUUUAAUUCUUACGUGAGUUACCUCCCGUACAACACAUUACGUUUCCGGUUUUGUCCUGACAUGUUAUUUCGUGUGUAGAGACGUGCGAAGGGAAUCGUUGUUAACUUUAAACGACCAAACCACAACAAAGAAGCUAGUUAAGAGUGACAGACGGACGCAAUCAUGUCUCAGGAUGCAGACGACGACAUUUGUGAGCCAGAAGAAGGAAAUGCCGUCGAGGAGGUGGACGAUAUGCGAAUGUCGCGAACCAUGGAGCCUGAGUAUUCUGUGAAUUUUAACAAAAUUAGAGACAAAAUGGUGUUCGAUGGCAUGGGAAAUCAGAUACGUUUCGGAGACAUUUACGCAAAGCAGAAAACAGUUAUCAUAUUUAUACGGAAUUUUCUGGACUUUGUCACACAAGACUAUGUUGAGGAUUUAGGUUUGAUACCUGUGGAAUAUUUACAAGAGGCUGAUGUGCGGUUAGUGGUUAUAGGAUGUGCACCUUACAAGUUUAUAAACAAUUUCAAACAAUCAAUCAAGUACAACUACACUUUAUACUGCGAUCCCGAGCGCGAAAUCUACUCUAUACUGGGUCUGAGUGCAAAAUUUGAACAUGCCAGUGUCAGAAGCAACAAGCACGUCAAGCAGAAUGCGGUGAUGGGGGUACUGCGAGGCAUGUGGCGCAUCAUGCGAUCUCAGGAGUGGGAGGGGGAUAACAAACAGAACGGCGGAUCUUUCAUCAUAGGACCAGGUGAGGAAGUUCACUUCAGUCACAUAGACAAGAACCAGGUGGACCAGAUACCCAUUAAUGAGCUCCUGGAAAGGGCAGGGGUGCAGCCGGUCAGUUUCCCACGAGAUCCAAGGGUACUCAAGUUGUAGUUCUGUGUCGGGUUUGGAUAUUAGACUCGUGUUGUUGUGAUGCAGAUGUUGAACACUAGCAGAGAUGGUUUUGCAGAGUCUGAGGAGGAGAUUCUAAAACAGAGUUCAACUACAAACAGACGUUGUAAAGCAGGUUCAAACAAUAUAACUAAUAUUCAUGUCUCAACAUUGAGUAGGCUAUUAACAUAUUGUGCAGCAGUGAACUAUGUAAAUAAACAGUUAAAAAUUAUGUUAAAUAUAAGAGCAAAGAAAUGUAUAAUUCAAUGUACUAUUUGUUCUGUAAAUGCAACUGUCAUUGUAUAUGAAACAGUGUACAUGUUCUAUGCAAGUUUGAUGGACUCCUUCAGUUCUGUAAACUUUGUUUGUGAUCUUGGUUUCCCUCAUCGGACCAAGAAAACCAUGUGUAAUCAAAUACGACAAUUUGUUUUAAUAUUAAGAAUAUAGAUUUGUUGUAAGCGUAACAUUUUAUUUUCGUCAGUUAUUAUUUGCAUAAAAAACGCAAAAUAUUUUCCCAGGCAUUUAAAUUGCUCAUCCAUAUUAAAUCUGAUCAAAUAUGCAUGUGGUAAUGUUUAAGUUAUUGUAAACCCGUCUUGUGUGUGCAUCUAGACAUGUUUCAGGUUUUGUAUGUUGUAUACAUUUAUAUACCAUAACAUAGUGACUGUCUUUUGUAUAUGUAAAAUAAAUAAAUUGUUUAUGUAAGAUAGAAUAAGGUUAUUUAUUUUGUUAUGCUAAUUAUUUGUAUGUACACAAUUCUAGGCUCUGCCUGCUAAAUAUUUUACCCAAAUAUGUCAUUUCCCAUGACCUUCUGUCAUAUUAAAUCAGAAACUCAUGGUUUGGGUAGAAUUUAGAAAACUGUUUGAUUUGAAGUAUUAACAACACUUUUUAUAAAAUGGUCAGCUAGAAAUUAAUAAGGGAUCUUUUAAUAUAUUACAAUAAUUUUACUAUUUAAUUAGUUACCUGGUAGAUAUAUGUUCCACUAGCCAGAUCAUUAUUAUCUGCGACAAUCAGGAUGUUGAUUGUAAAAUUGAAAUUUUCUCAAUGCUAAUUUAAAUCAGAAUGAUUUGCCUUUCCCAGCCAAUUUAAUAAGAAAGCAUGUACAUACAUACAUGUACAUGUAUGUUCAAAUUAAAUUCAGUUUUGUUUGCUGUACCUUGUGUUAGAUUUAAAAAAAAACUUAAAUAUUAAUCACUUUAUUUUUUAAAUGUUGUUUGAACAAUAUUUACUCUUCAAUAGCACCCAUAGUCAACCUUUGGUACCUGUGUCAUAAGUGCAAAUGGAAUGUUAGCAAGUUUACUUUUUACUUUACAGUGCAUUGAAAUGCUCUCAUUUUUUGUUUGAAAUAUUAGUUAAUUCAUGACUUUUUAUAUUUAAGUAUUAGGAUAAAGAUGUAUUUAAACCUUUUUUUCAAGCAAUUUAUUUAAACUGUGUUUUCUAUUGGAAAAAAAUCACACAUUAUUGUUGUGUUUACAGUCAUAUGAGCUGCAUCUUGCAAAAAUGGGUCUUAUGCUAUUUUCAGCCAGCAUAGCUUCAGACUAGCCUGUGCAUUGGCGCAGCCAGGUCAGGAGCUAUGAACUCAGCUGUAAAGUCACGCUAAAGUUCAUCAAACUGUGCGCAUGCGCUGGCUGAUCUAGAGCUAUGAUAGGGUGUAUAUGGACAUGAGACCCAUUUAGCCUGCCGUGGCACAUUUAAAUCCUGAAAUGCGUUCACAAUUUGUUUGAAUUAUAUAUUAAUUGUUUGGAAGCCUUCUUUAUUUGAUAAUAACAAUUCAGAUGUAUUGAAUGCUUUAUUUUCAAGCAAUUUAUUUGAAUUGUUUAGUCUAUUGAUAAAGAUUAUAUUCUCAUUUUAUUGUUGUCUUUACAAUCAUGCUUGGCUGAUAGUGUUUCCUUUUCUUGCUUAAAGCUUAUCAAUGUCCUCCAAACAUUAAUACUUAAUUUAUGAAUAUUAUGAGUUAUCAGCCAUUAGUAAUAAUGUCUUAUUAUAUUGCUUGCAAUACAUUCGUCGUAUAUUUCAAAACUUUAUACUUUGUAUGCAAUUUAUAUCAUAUUAUUAACUUGCAUCUACUUGUUAUUACGAGCAAAUUGGUUGUAUUAGUUACAUGCUCAUCAAGGUUCAAAAUAUCAUCACUUUUGGAUUUUAUAUCAGCAUGAUUUGUUUUCAGGUGUUAAAUUUAGGUUGUGUUUUCCAUUAUUCAAUAUUCACAUUAAUUUUGAAAUAUGUAUGUAACGUAUAUUUAUUAAUUAAUUUUUUUGGAUCUGAAUAUUUCUAUGUUUUUAUUAUGCCCUGGUACAUAAUAUUUGCACUGUUUGUCUAUCAGUCCGUCCGGCGUUCGUUUCUGUCGUUAUUUCCUAAGCGCCUUCAAAUAUAUGCCAGAAUAUUGGAGUAUGAGUCUACGUGCAUGACUAACAGAUCAAGUUCGAGUUUCGUUCCGGUCCAAUGUCUUAUUGCAAAAUUGACGCGUGUUUGGUGUGUGAGUCUACCAUAACUAACAGAUCAAGUUCGAGUUUCGUUCCGGUCCAAUGACUUAUUUCAAAUAUUGGCUUAUGUUUGGUGUGUGAGUCUACCAAAACUUAUCGAUCAAGAUCGAGUUUCGUUCCGGUCCAAUGACUUAUUGCAAAUAUUGGCGUAUGUUUGGUGUGUGAGUCUACCAUAACUAACCGAUCAAUUUCGAGUUUCGUUCCGGUCCAAUGACUUAUUGCAACUAUUGACGCGUGUUUGGUGUGUGAGUCUACCAUACCUAACAAAUCAAGUUCGAGAAUCGUUGCGAUCCAAUGACUUAUUUCAAAUAUUGACGGAUUUUUUUAUGUGUGAGUCUACCUGAAUUACUAACAGAUUAUGUUUGAUUUUCGUUCCGGUUCAAUGACUUAUUGAAAAUAUUGACGAAAAUAUUGACGUAUGUGUGUGUGUCAGUCUGCCUGCAUAGCGUACAGUUCGAGUUUCGUUCCGGUCAUAUGACCUAUUAAAUUAUAUUUGUGGUGUUUGAGUUUACCUGCAUAAUGUAGAGAUGAAGUUUCGAGUGCUGUGCGGCUUCAACGUGAAGCAGGUGCAUUGUGUUUCAUAAUCACAGCUCUUGUUACUUCUGUUACUCUUAAAAUGCAUCUAAUAAAUGCUGUUACACUAAA